UUGCACGAAACACCUUUUUUUUUUAGGGCUAGCAGACCCCUCACCCCUUCCCCCACCCCGGGCCCCUCGCCUUCUCUUGACGCUUCAAAUACCGAUAAACGAUUAUGGAGUCCGCGACUCCGACACAGCAGACCGGCGGCGUUGGAGCCAGCUGGGCCGCAUUUCUCAAGUCGAUUGCGUCGUUUAACGGGGACCUCUCAAGCCUUACUGCGCCGCCCUUCAUCCUCUCGUCUACCAGCCUAACCGAGUUUAGCACGUACUGGUGCGAGCAUCCUUCCGUCUUCGCCGCGCCAGCCAAAGAACCUGAUGCUGCCAAGCGCGCGCUCUUGGUGCUGAAGUGGUUCUUAACCACCUUGAAGCAGCAGUAUGCCAGCCGAAGCGAACAGUAUGGCAACGAGAAAAAGCCACUCAACCCAUUCCUCGGCGAGCUAUUCCUGGGCAAGUGGGAGGACACCGCUGGAACUACCGAGUUGAUUAGUGAGCAGGUCAGUCAUCACCCACCGGCGACCGCGUACCAUAUCACCAACAUUCCCAGCGGCGUUCGGCUGGAGGGUUAUAACGCGCAGAAGGCGUCCUUCUCCAAGACCAUCAACAUCAAGCAGAUCGGCCACGCGGUGCUCACUGUGCCUGUCCCAUCUGCAACAGAGCCAGAUACCUUCUUGAUUACCCUGCCAUCUCUCCACAUCGAGGGCUUGAUCUUCGGUUCGCCUUACAUUGAGUUGGACGGCAGUUCCUUCAUCACUUCGUCGACCGGCUUCACCGCGAAAAUUGACUACAGCGGGAAAGGCUGGCUUUCCGGCAAGAAGAACUCUUUUACCGCCGUUUUGUACCCCACGGGCAGGGAGAAGGAUGUCCUUUUCAACGUAUCUGGGCAGUGGACGAAGUCUUUUGAGAUUCACUCCGGCCCUGCAAAGUAUAAUUCCAAGGACAACCUCGUCGAGGAGUGGGAUCCACUACCCCUCAGCGAGCUUAUUGUUGCCCCCUUGGAGCAGCAGCAUCCGUUGGAAUCUAGGCGGGCGUGGUCCAAGGUGGCUGCCGCGAUUGCCAAGGGGGAUCUUGACACGGUCAGCGUGGAGAAGAGCAAGAUCGAAAACGCCCAGCGCGAGAUGCGCGCCAAAGAGAAAGCCGAAGGGCGCACAUGGCAGCGGCGCUAUUUCACCGCCCGGAGUGAUGCUACCGACCCGGUUCUUGCCAAGCUGGGUCCUGUCGUAGGCCUGCCUGAGAACGGUGAUGCCGACAAGACCGGCGGUCUCUGGCGUUUUGAUGACGCUAAGUCCGAAGCUGCGCGCAAGGAACCUCCACUAAGCGAAGAGGAUGCGAGCAAGCUAGCGAAGGAGCUCCUGGGACAAUGAGGAACCAAUGGUUGCGGUGGCAUACAGUCUCGGGAACCCAUAGUCAUCCGCCAUCCUGAUACAGGGCAGUGGCGUCGAAGAAUGAUGAGACGGUCUCUCCAGACGAGCGAGCUGGUUGCCGCGAUAUGGCUACAUCCUAGGCCCAGCAAAGCGACACUGCUUUCUUUGCUGAACUGGAAAGGGUCGCCACCGCCCCCUGGUGAUAUUACGGGCAUCGCUAAUCUCCUUCCGCGGGAGAGCGCGCGG